AUGGGCUACUCGAACAUGAGGAACAUCUUUGCCAACAGCGUCAAGUUUGGCCAGUCGCCGACGAGGUAUUCGAGGGUCAAGUCCGAAGACCCUCUCGACCCCGAGAUGCCAGACACUCUUCGCCGCGGCUCCGUCCGUCGCAGCCGAGAGGCUUGGAAGUCUCCGUUGCUUGUGCUGGCGUACGCGGUGCUCACAUCCACCAUCACCUGCCUCGUGAUGUGGACCUUCCCGCCCAACUGCCGGCGCGGCGCGGGCGGCGAGGGGCCUCUCUUGAAGACGCCGGUGCCCGAAUUUCCCAAGGAGAUUCGCAUGUUUGAGCUUAACACGAUGUAUGCGGACCCGCCGACGCCAGAAAACAACCAGGCGUGGAACGACCUCUUGCCUUUUGGCCGCGGCUACGUGUUUGUGGAAAACGCCGCCGAGUACGGCCUCGAGCCCGGCAUCGAGACCGAGUACGGCGAAAUCUACUCCGUAGCGCUGUACCACCAGAUGCACUGCCUGGGCCUGGUCCGCCGCAACUUCUGGCGGCUGGUCGACGGCAUCCUCAACAACAGGCCCGGGGUUGCCGACGAGGCGCGUGCGGAGGUGCAGGACUCGCACACGGGGCACUGCUUCGACUACUUCCGGCAGAGCUUCGAGUGCUCGGCCGACAUGACGCUCGAGUGGCCCAGGACUGAAAAGGACGGCCGGAGGUACCAGGUCGACGGCGGCAACAUUCCUCAUGUCUGUGCCAGCAAGAAAGCGCUGAAGGAUUACAUGGACUUUGCGCACUUUAACAACUCUCACAACAACGACAUUGCAGCGUAG